AUGUGUGAUCUUCCAUUGAUAUCGCAGCGGGGUGAAAGUGGGGAGUUGAUGCAAAUGUGGGAGCAAGGUUUGAGAGUGAAAAAGGAUACAGCCGAUUCUCGCUACCGCUCUAACCUAGCUGAAUCGGGCGCCACGUCGUGGGGCUUAUAUCCAAAAGAGCAAGCUCGCCUUGUUCACCUGAUAUUCCGCAAGCUGGAGAAGGAUCCCAGGUUUCAUAUCAUUUUUGUAUGUAGCGGUGCAUACGCCUCGCGAAUGAAGAUCAAAGAGUACUCGACACAACGUAAUUUUGAGCAGAUAGUCGUGGGGCCCAUUUCUCGGUCUGCGUUACCCUCAUGGUCAGACCAAGCAACCACUAGGAGCCCUACAUUUGCCGACCAAAAUCUAUCGACCAGAUACUCGAUUGAGCAAGAGAUACCCAAGGGGGCUACCAGGUCUCAACAAUACUGUGUUCUAGAGUUAGUUCCCCAUCCACUCGGCGCUUCAAGUGAUGUGAAGUUUUACGUGCAGAAUCAUGGUGAAGCAAGGCUCGUCCUAGGCCCCAUCAUUGGGCGUGUUACGCCCAGAACUGCGAGAAUCCUCAUUGAGGUCGAUCGAGCGGUGCAAAAUUUAAUCUGUACACUAACCGAUCCUGCGACGUCCCAAAGGUAA